UUGGAGGAGGGGGCCGUCUGAUUGCUAGCAGGCAGGCGGGGAAGUGAAACGUUGAGGAAGGAAGCAAGAAAAGUGUCAGGCGUGAGAAAUGGAGACUCCACAAUCUUCUCGACAACAAACUUUCUCGGUGUUGGACUAGUUGACGUCACCUCAGCCAAGACAAACAUGGCGUCUGAGGUGAAGUUCCACGCCAGCGAACUCCUGGAAGUUGACAUAUGCGACGCUGAGGACACUUUGGUCAACUCGGAGGACUUCUCUGGCUUCCAGCAGUGGACGAGUUCCUACGAGGCGCCCGGUGACGCACCAUCGUCCCCGGCGCCGCUGCAGGAGGUCCCCGCCGGCUCGGUGUUCUCCAGCUGCGACCCAGAAGUCCGAGCCCCGAGGACGUCCAUCGUGGACCGCCUGCUGGUGGAGCUCUACGAGACGUACAGUGGCGGCAGGAGGAACGUGGACAGCUGGGACAGUUCCACCGAGGCGUCUGGACCGGACGCCUUUCUGGGUCGAUGCAACACGGGGUCCAGCUUCCUCCAGGAGCUCCAGGAGAAGCACACCAGGAGGCAUCAGGUCCACUACCUGGACCAGAAAGCGCCGGAGGAGCUGCGUGCCAUCAUCCAGGAGGUGAAGUACCGCACGGGCGUGCAGUCGGCGAAGCUCAUUCGCCAGCUGAAGCGGCGAGAUCGCCUCAUCCACAAACUGCAUAAGAACUACGACAUUGUCACGGCGUGCCUGCAAGCGGUCUCGCAGAAAAGACGAGUGGACACGAGGCUGAAGUUCACCAUUGAGCCAUCUGUGGGGAAGAAUGGAUUCCAGCAGUGGUACGACGCCCUCAAAGCUGUGGCCAGACUUCCCACUGGAAUCCCCAAGGAAUGGAGGAAGAGGGUGUGGCUGACUCUGGCUGACCAGUACCUCCACAGCAUCUCCAUCGAUUGGGACAAGACGCUUCGUUUUGCUUUCAACGAGCGCAGCAACCCGGACGACGACUCGCUGGGCAUCCAGAUCGUCAAGGACCUCCACAGGACAGGCUGCAGUUCUUACUGCGGCCAGGAGGGGGAGCAGGACAGGGUGGUGCUGAAGCGUGUGCUGCUGGCAUAUGCCCGCUGGAACAAAACAGUGGGCUACUGCCAAGGCUUCAACGUGCUGGCAGCGCUCAUUCUGGAGGUGACAGAGGGUGAUGAGAGUGAUGCGUUGAAGGUGAUGAUCUACCUGAUUGACAAAGUGCUUCCUGAGAGUUACUUUGCCAACAACCUGCGGGCGUUGUCAGUGGACAUGGCGGUGUUCCGAGACCUGCUGCGUGUGAAGCUUCCCAGGUUGUCCCAACACCUGCACCACCUCCAGAAGGCGGCCAACAGGGAGGCGGGAGGCAGCUACGAGCCGCCGCUCACCAACGUCUUCACCAUGCAGUGGUUCCUCACCAUGUUUGCCACUUGCUUGCCAGCGGCCACCGUACUCAAGAUAUGGGACUCGGUUUUCUUUGAGGGCUCGGAGGUGUUGUUCCGGGUGGCGCUCGCCAUCUGGGAGACACUGGGAGAGAGGAUAAUGUACUGUCAGACGGCCGAUGAGUUCUACAGCACCAUGGGUUGUCUAACUCAGGAGAUGCUGGAUCACAACCUCAUUCAUCCUCCUGAGCUCAUACAGGAGGUUUAUGGCAUGGCGACGUUCCCGUUCCCUCAGCUGGCUGAGCUGAGGGAGAAAUACACCUACAACAUCACGCCCUUCCCAACGUCGGUCAAGCCCAACGGAAGCAAUCACGGCGGCCGCGAGAGUGACGAUGAUGAUGUUGACUUGGCUGGUGAAGACUCCAUGAUGACGGCGCUGGGCUGUCUGGGACCGCUGGGAGGCCUGCUGGCGCCGGAGCUCCAGCGCUACCAGAAACACCUGAAAGACCAGCAAGCCGAGCGUGGGAACAUCGCGGAGCUGAGUCCGGGAGCGGUGGGAGGAGCAGGGGGCGGCGCCAGGGCGGAGCAUCAGGCGGCCAUCAACAGCAUGAUGAUGGAGAGGAUGAGCACGGACAUCAGCGCGCUCAAGAAGCAGUACGCUCGCAUCACGAGGCGGCAGCAGCAGCAGGCCAUGCAGCUAUGCAUACGCACAGGAGCUGGAGCUGACGUGAGGACACGUCCAGGGCUUCUCCAUCAAAGUGACGACAAGUGUCCCGCCACUCGCGUCCUGGCGUCCCAGCUCAACCCCUCCAGCACCGUCAUCAACCAUCUGCUUCUGGGUCGGAAGCCCAUUGCCGCUCCUUGGGCUUCCACUUCUACUCUACCGGGGAUUCGACCUGCUCCUUUAUCCCAGACGCGAGGCUCUCCGUGCAGGCAACGCUGCGGAUCUCUGCCGUCCAACAGUAGCGUGUCUUCGGGGAGCUCGGGAGGCGGGGCGGGGUCUCCUUGGCGAGCUCACGUGCGAGUUCACCGUAGGAAUGUGGCGAGGGCUCGAGCUCAGCUGGGGUUUGGAGAUUCAGAGGAAGUGGAUGAGGAGAAUGUGGAGACGGAGGAGUGCAGGGGUGGUGAGGGCUUUGCGGAGGGGAGUGUCUCCUCUGAGUCUUCACCUCCAGGUCCAGCAUGUGAGGAUGCUCAGCAGAAUGUUCCUGAUGUGACAGAGGUGUGGGAGGUGGAGGUGCAACUAGAUUCUAUGGGCCUGGAGGACAAACCUACAAACAUGACCUCUGAUACACAGCCUGUCCCUCUUCCACCGCCGCCAUCUUCAAUUAGGCACAAGGACUCGUCGGGUUCUGAGAGCUCUGACAGACAUUUUCCCGCGAUUGCACCACCGCCGCCUCACACCUGUGUCACUUCUUCUUCACCUUCCACUCUGAGUCCCUCACUUUCACCAGUGUCUACGUUAGCAUCCGCCGAGCCGUCCUCCUCCCCCACACCGCCUUCCACCCCACCCCAAAGCUCUGCCCAUCACCCUACUUCCGCCACACCUCACCAGGGCUCCUCCUUCUACAACACACCCUCCCCCUCCACGCCGUCGCUUUCGUCCGUCGGCUCAUCAUCUCGAUCUUACAUCCCUGCAUCACCGUCCACGCCGUCCUUCACGUCCGCUACCACCACCACGAAGGUGCAGGUCUUCUCGCCGUUCCCCUGUGUGAAGAUGCCCAGGAAGUCCGCAGCAGCCCGAAACCUCGGCCUCUACGGCCCGACCUCUAGGACGCCCACCGUCCACUUCCCCCAGCUGAGCCGCAACUGUAGCAGCACAACUAGCACAACCAGGAGACGCUGAGAACCCCCCUCCAGUCAGUCACACCAUGUUGCCUCCUGAAUAUCGAGCAAAGUCUCUUCAGUGUUUGGCUGAGCUUUUCCUUGCCUAUGCAGGUCUGUCUGGACCGUACCGGAACACUAAUAGGAAUACACACUGAAGGAACCUUUAGCCAUCCACUUGUUUCUAUGCCAAGAAGAGAAAACAUGCGACCCACGUUUCUGUUGGAGGCUCUCAGAAGCAGAGUAUGUAACCUAGCAUCGCGACUGUUGAACACCAUGAGGAAUGUAAACACAAUAAACGGCAAAGGACGUGC